UCUUGGUUUUUUUUAAAAAAAGAAAACCCUAUUUUUGUUUCUAAAUAGCACCAACAGGAAAGAAAUGACACUGUUUAAGUGACUUGUACUCAUUUUUUAAAGAAACGACUGGUACCAUUGUUUAUUUCUCAUAUGCGUUCUUUGAGUUUACAGUGGAUGGGGGUGGGAUUCUAAAUGUGCAUUUUUUAAAAAAAUUAACAGUUUCUAGAGAAAUGUAUUUCGAAACGGUUUGUUCUCCAGCUGUAUGAUAUCAACAGUACCAAAGCGUGGAUAUUAAACACAAGGAUGUACAAGACGCGAGCAACUCUAAAUAUAAUCAUGGUGUCUUUUCUACAUCUGUUGCAAGGUUCUGAACACGGAUCUGGAAAGAGAACAUCCCUUUCUAACUUGGCGUGGUCAGAGCAGCAGAUAAGGAAAGCUGCCAGCCUAGAAGAGUUACUUCGAAUUACCCAUUCUGAAGAUUGGAAGCUGUGGAAAUGCCGACUAAAACUCAAGAGUGUGGCUGCCUUGGAUUCCAGAUCUGCCUCACAUCGCUCCACAAGAUUUGCAGCUGCUUCCUACGAUACUGAGAUGCUCAAAAUUAUAGAUGAGGAGUGGCAAAGGACUCAGUGUGUGCCAAGGGAGACCUGUGUAGAAGUGGCCAAAGAGCUGGGAACAGCCACCAACAAAUUUUUCAAGCCUCCGUGCGUGAAUGUGUACAGAUGUGGAGGCUGCUGCAAUGAAGAGAGCCUGAACUGCAUGAACACGAGUAUGUCUUACAUUUCCAAGAUGCUCUUUGAGAUUUCGGUACCUUUAACAAAUGUGCCAGAUCCAAUUCAAGUCAAAAUUGCAAACCACACAGGUUGUAGGUGUAUCACAAAUAUUCAGCACCAAUCGUAUACAGUCAUCCGAAGAUCUGUCCAGUAUCCAGAGGAGGAUCGUUGCCCCCGUAUAAAUAAAGUGUGUGAUGAUGGAUGGAUAUGGAACAGCAGUAAAUGUGAAUGUGUUGUAAACACAGACCAUCAUGGCAGAAAGGAAGGGCUCCCUCCACUUGCUGAACUUGCGAUGUGUGCACCAAAUAUGGACUUUGAUGACGAAAACUGCGAGUGCAUCUGUAAAUGGAAGUGCACGGGCAAUUUAUUUCAGAACAAAGAGAACUGCAGCUGCUACUUGUGUACAGAGAGCCAGGAGAGCUGUUUUCAAAAACACAAGACAUUUAAUGCAGAAACAUGCAGCUGUGAAGACAAAUGCCCAUUCCAAGCCAGAAUGUGCCCAGCUGCUCGACCAGCGUGUUCAAGGCACUGUCGCUGUCUGAGAGGGGGAAGAAGUCCUUAUGGGUCCCAAAGCAAAGAUACCCCUUAAUCGAGCUUUUAUCUCCUGUAUCAAGCACUACACUGCUUUGCAAAGUAGCUGUCUGUCACUGGCUAUUAAUCUAUAAUAAUCAUGGAUAUGGGUAAAUUACUGGUAGAAAAAUAAAAUCCAAUCUGCAUUCAUUAAUAACAUUGCCAUCUUGCCUCAAAUGUCUGCUACAACAAAUUAUUCUUUGUUCUGUAAAGGGAAAACCUCAAUCCAUCACUGCUGUAGCAUGGAAAAGAAACUGGUAUGGUUGAAAUGGGAACAGUAGUCAUCCUUCAACUUGGAAAUGCAGAAACAUGUCCUACACCCUCAACUCACAGUUCUUAUAGAGCAUAUGUCUUUCGAGCAAUCUUUUCAGAUCUUCUAAUGUUCGGUUCCCGAAUAUGUUCAGCACUGAAUUAUUUGAUCUACUGUCCAUCUUUGUUUUAUUAUUUGGAUGUAUUAUAAAACUACUGUCUGAUGUGUCAUAUUUGAAAUGUAUAUAGGACAAUAAAAGCACCAAUUAUUAA